GAAGAAGGAUGUUGUUUCCAAGAUGGCUCCGGGUCUGGCUGCAGCAGCCGACUGCUCGCUAUCUUCCCGCCGUUAAAAGAUGCCAGCUCGGUGUUAAUGUGACCAGAGAGCUCCGGGUCGUUACCGGGCGCUGUUACCGGAGGUUUGCGGAUGCCUCGUGUGAACCGGACCGCCGUGUUAUCUCUGCUGAUCGUCAGCAGCUCCGCGUUCCUGCUGUUCCAGCUGUAUUACUACCGGCAGUACGUCAGCAAGCUGCCGGGCCCUCACAUCCUGAGCCAGACCGGUCACCUGACCGCCAGCGACUUCCAAUGGCAAACGGUGAAGAAGUUUCUGGCGUUGGCUCAGCGCUUCGGGCUGCCGCUGUUCCUCGCCGACACCGCCGCACUGACGCUGCUCUCCCAUGAUGCUUUGCGGCAGCGCGACCGGCUGGUGCGUGAGCCACACUGCAGCUUCCUGUGCACCGGCCGGCCAAUCACGUCGUUUGCUCUGCACGCCAACCUGUGGAAGUACGAGCCCGGCUUCCUAUUGGCCGCGGAGCAGAAAGGCUUCGAGCUGCUGGAGCUGCGUGGAGAAGACCCGCGAUUGGCCAGUCUGGACACCCUAUCAGGACAGGAGAUCCCGCUGCACUUCCUGUUCCGCCUCCACGGCUACAUCAUUCAUGUGGUGUUCCUGUACGAGCGCAGCGGGAACUAUCUGUGGAGCGGAGCGUUGCGUCUCCGAGCCGACGCCGACCGAAGCUUUGCUCCGUUCAAACUGCUCGACUACGGUCGCCAUGCUGGAGCGUACGACAGGCCGGAGUUGGUUCUGACGGUUCUGGACGGUCUCGAUGUUCGGAUCCCGCGAAACGUUUCCCGUUUCCUGUCCGAGCAGCGACACGCUCGCUUCCUGGAGUGCCGUUACCGUGACGCUCGCAACUUCCUGCAGAUGUACCCUGACGACGCCUCUCCGGUUGCCGUGGAGUUUCGGAGGAAAGUGAAGUCGCUGCUUCAUCUGGCGUCUCGAACCCUCGCUGCUCUCAACAUCCCCUUCUGGCUCAGCAGCGGCACCUGCCUGGGCUGGUUCCGGCAGUGCAGCGUGAUCUCGUACAGCCGCGACGUCGACAUCGGCGUCUUCAUCUCAGACUUCAGCUCUGACAUCAUCGGCGCCUUCAGGGACGCCGGACUCUCCCUCAAACACAAGUUUGGAAAG